UUUCAAGAUGGCGGCCUUCAGCGGGCUGCUGUCCGGCUGCGGGCGGCUACUUAGAGGACUCCUGGCGGGUGCUCCCGCGACCAGCUGGUCUCGACUUCCAGCUCGCGGGUUCAGAGAAGUGGUGGAGAUCCAGGAAGGGAAGACAACUAUAAUUGAAGGCCGCAUCACAGGGACUCCCAAGGAGAGUCCAAAUCCGCCUAACCCCUCUGGCCAGUGCCCUAUCUGCCGCUGGAACUUGAAGCACAAGUACACCUAUGAGGACGUUCUGCUGCUCAGCCAAUUCAUCAGGCCACACGGAGGCAUGCUGCCCCGCAGGGUCACGGGGCUGUGCCAGGAGGAGCACCGGAAGGUGGAGGAGUGUGUGAAGAUGGCCCACCGAGCAGGUCUGUUCCCAAAUCACAGGCCUCAGCUUCCUGAAGGCGUUGUCCCAAAGAGCAAACCUCAGCUGAACCGCUACCUGACCCGCUGGUCCCCCCGCUCCGCCAAGCCCAUCUACAACAGAGGCCACCGCUGGAACAAGGUGCGCAUGCCCGUGGGCUCGCCCCUCCUGAGGGACAACGUCUGCUACUCGAGAACGCCUUUGAAGCUCUAUCACUGAGCGCGAGGCCGGCUCGCCAGCCCUCCGCCACCCUGUCCUGCGCCUCCCAUGCCAGUGGCGCAAGGGACAGCAGGACGAACUCCAGUACCCUUAGCCUGCCUAGGAGCCGAGCUGGAAGCCGCAGGCAAGCAGUCGGUCCCUCGGCCACUGCUGUGUUCUCCACGAGACUGGCUGGGCGGGACCUGGGCUAUGUUCAGUGUGGAGGGCAAGAGGUUUGCCUGAAGGAAGAUCAUAAACCAGGCAGCUGGACUUGGC